AUGUCAAUGAAUGAUUGUAAUGUUGUCCUUCGGGAGAAGUUCACACAACACAUGAAUUUAACGAGGAAGCUGAUGAAACCCUUACCAGGCCAGAGAACGAAGCGCUUUUUGCGAAAAAUUGUUCGCAUUAUAGUGACGGAUCAUGAUGCCACUGAUUCGUCGAGUGACGAGGAGGCAGAGCUUUAUGACAGGAGGAGGGUUAAGAAAUAUCAUAACGUCGUUCUAGUCGAAGCAGGCACUGAUUCGACUAGAAAAAUGGAGGUCUCGGACGAUGACCAUGGAGGUAAACGAGCUAAGCCCGUGAGAGAUUCCUCUGAGAAGAGGUAUCGUGGUGUUCGAUACAGGGCUUGGGGGACAUUUGGAGCGGAGAUUAGACAUCCCACAAAGAAGGAGAAGCUAUGGCUAGGUACUUACGGGACUCCUGAAGAGGCCGCAAGGGUGUAUGAUACGGCUGCUAUAAGUCUUCAUGGUGCGAAAGCUCUGACAAAUUUUGGAAAUCCCUCCCGGAAAGUAGAAAAACAAAUUUUUGUCCAGUCUAACAUGAGUAAUGAGUCCAUGGAGGGCUCGUAUCAGAACACUCUCACUAGUCCAACUUCGGGUUUACGAAAUGAAAAUCAGCCCGCUCUGGAAGAAGCCACGGACAAAGGCAAAGGAAAGGAAAAGGUUGAGGUUGUCGAAUUUUCUGCUGAGGAGGAUGGACCGUGUCGCAAAUUGAAUACCAUGAACAGCUACAUGCCAAUGGACAAUCUGUUCGAGGAUGAUUAUGGUUUCGGAAGCAUGGAGCCUAUUACUUUUGACAAUUUACCGAUCUUUCCUGACGAAGAAAUGUUGAAGAUAAAUUAUGAUGAUAAGGAUCUUGGAAUUAAUCUCAGCUUUCCAAUUCCAUUGAAAAAGGACCGAAAUUUUCUUGACAAUGACGGAUUAGAUAUUGGUGUGGAUUCGGGGUUUUCUUAUGAAGUGAUUUAUGGCAUUGGUACGACAGGUUCGACAUCGGGUGUGAUUGAUGAUUAUGACUUUGAAGAUAACGAUUUUUCGCUAGCAACUGAUUGA